AUGAAUCUUAUGAUGAGCCAUGCAAUGGGGGUGGGCCAUGGCCGGUACCCCUCCAUCUUCAUCGAUACGCAUGACGCAGUUAUUCCUGUCGACGGAAAAGCAAUGCUAGACCUGCUCCCAAAAUUCGCGACUGACGCAGAAAGACGGGGAUUGCGCAUGGAUGUCUACCAGAUGACUGAGCGUGUCAGACGGAGCCAAGGAGAUGCCAAUUCGAACAGUCUUUUCUAUGCCAUUUCCUUAGUCGUCGACACGCUUUCGAGACGACUUGGUGUCGAAGCCUCCAAAGUCAACUUGCUCGAACGCCUAGAGGGUUUACUGCAACAAGACGCCCAACGAAUGUCAACGUAUGGACGUGGCCUAUCGCGCUUCCCACAAUGCCUGUCUCUCUUCGGGUCUCUGGCGAAUGUUGCGCGAUACUCAAAAUCACAACCCAUAAGCUCUAUUCUGAGCACUUUCUUCCUUCAAAAUGGGGCCAUCAUCGCAAGGAAGGAGAACCCGGAUAACAUCAUAAGGUGGUGGAAGGCGAUUCGAAAACUUGUCCUGGAUGAGGCGGACAAAGCGAUGUGCUUUCAACAAAUACUGAAAGGGAAGCCCAGCAUAAUGUCCCAAGUCCACCAUAGAACGGCCCGCAAUCACCGCCUUCUGAACGAAUUCCUCCGGGACAUGAUGUAUGCAGCAAGUUUGCGACCCGGAAAUCCGCACCGCGGUAUGCCGCCACCACCGCGAGUACCACCACCACGACGGAUGGGUGAGUUUCACCCGGGCUUCUUUGAAGAUUUCCCUGGUGUUCCCGGGCCAUUGGACGAAGAUGGGAUUCCCAUGAGUCCUGGGUGGGUCGAAGACGACUUCGAGGAUAAUAUUCCAGACUAUUUCCCUCCCCACGGCUUCGGCCCCUUCGACAUUGAUGAGAGUCUUGAGGCCAAAGUUUAUCGGCUUGAGGACAAAGUUAACGAAAUGGAAUAUGGUCUGCGAAUGGGUAUGAUCGCGGGCUGAAUAGACCGUUUGAUUGCAGGAGGGAAUCGAAGCAUUAUCAGCAAGUUCUAGCGCAUCAUCUGUACUUUCUCAAAUACUCCAACAGCGGCACCUGGC